AUGGGCUUCCUAGGUAUUCUUGAAGACACGAAACUUCCACAUGUGCCGGCUUCUGUCAUCCUUAAUGAACAAAUUGCACACUCAGAAACGGUCACCUCCCACCUGAAAAGAGGAAAGGGCAAAGACGAGCACAUUGUUCUCGUCCCACAACCUUCUGAUGAUCCCAACGAUCCGCUUAAUUGGAGCCCUCUCAAAAAGCUCCGAGCCUUGGUCAUCGUCUGUUUCGGAACCUGCCUAUAUGCAGCAACAUUUAGUCCGCUACUUAACACAGGCCUUGUCGUGCUCGCUGUGGAAUUUAAUCGCCCGAUUGGCGAUAUCACCCUGAUAUCUGGUUAUAUGCUGCUUGUUGCCGGCGCAACCGCACCACUUGUCUCUGCUUGCUCUCGCAAAUGGGGCAAACGUCCGGUGUUCCUGGGUUCUGCGCUCUUUGGGAUCGUCGGGUCGAUUGUCGGUUCAGUUUCUUCCUCCUACGAAACCCUUUUAGCGGCACGAAUCAUUCAAGGACUCUCUGUUGCAGCUUACGAGAGUCUGGUUGUGUCCAUGGUCGGCGAUUUGUACUGUGUUCAUGAACGAGGGAGCUACAUGUCGGCGGUGCAAUUCCUCCUGGCCAGCGCGGGAAACUUCUCACCUACUAUCUGCGGACCGAUUACGGAGAAUCUCGGCUGGCGAUACCUCUUUCACCUCUGUAUCUUAUUCACAGGAUUGCAAUUCAUCCUCCUCUUCUUGUUCGUCCCCGAGACUCAAUUUAGACGCGACCACCGGUUGGACAUCGACGAGCUAGCCAGUGACAACCUCGAAGAACUUGCAGAAAUCGAAAAGCGACAUGCGUCUCACAUUGAAUCCCAGGAGAUCCACAAGUUGGGAACGACAACAGGAGUCUUUUCCAGCAAUGGACCUGGCCAAGAAAAGACCUUCCUUCAAGAGCUCGCCGUCUUCACGGGAAAAUAUUGCGACGAUAAUUUUCUUCAAUUGGUCAUUGCUCCCUUUGCUGUCUGCACCAAUCUUUUCGUUCUCUGGGUAGUAGUCAUAUCUGGCUACGUUGUUGCAACCUAUGUCGCACAGGCGUAUGUUCUUGCUCAGAUAUUCACUUCUCCGCCGUAUUCCUUGUCUGCCGCAGGUGUCGGAUAUCUCUUCCUGGGCCCUUUCACUGGAGGUCUCAUUGGUCUUCUCGUCUUUGGCACGAUUGCCAAUCCAACGGCCAAGUGGUGUUCCGCAAAAAACGGCGGCAUCUACGAACCGGAGUUCCGCUUACUCCCUACUAUAGGCGGCUUGGCCGCCGGCGCAGGGUUGAUGGGCUUCGGUGUCCUUUGUCAACAGCAGGCAAGCUAUUAUGCCACGGCGGUGCUGCACGGAAUCACCAUUUUCGGCAUUGUCGCUGUCGCGAUUGGCACCGCGGGGUAUGCCUUGGACGCUUUUCGGGACAUGAGCAGCGAGAUCUUUGUCAGUGCGAUUAUUUUCAAAAACUUCCUCUUCUAUGGCUUUAGCUACUUCGUAAAUAGCUGGACGGCGACAAGAGGCCCUGCUUAUGUCUUCUUUGUCUUUGGUGGGGUGACUCUGGGCCUGGUAGCAACAACACCUUUGGUUUAUGUCUAUGGAAAGAAGUACAGAAGUUUUUGGGCGAGGCAUAAUGUGAUGCGAAUUAUGCACAUCAAGACACAUUCUGAGCUUUGA